AUGGAAGGUGUCCCUCAUGUCGGAUUCACUUUAAUUUGCGGUGGUGAUAAGUUGAAGUCAGCCCUGUGGAGAAUCAGUGCUAAUGUGAAACUUGUGAUUCGGAAGAAAGAUAAUGAAGAAUUUGUUGAACGAAAUUAUCGUGAAUAUGAAUUCACGUUUGCGUCAAAGACAUUGGCUGAUAUGGUUCCAUGGGAGGACAUUGAAUGCACCUUCCAGCGCUCUAAGAACGAUAACAAACCACUUAUUCUCACCAUUGAACUGCACAUCGACAUCGUGAAAAUCUAUGGAUUCAGGUACGUUCCGAAGCGGUACAGACUAGACAAGCGAUAA